AUGGCCACCGACAACGACUCAUUCAAAACAGAAUUGCGAAACACCAAAGUUCUUCAAGGGCCAUUCCCAGAAACCACCUUCGACAGAUUCCCCGAAACUCCACAUGACGCAUUCGUAUCAUGGUUCCACGAGGCAGUUGCGGCAGGUGUCAAAGAGCCUCAUGCCAUGACACUUUCAACUGUGGAUGAAGAGGGCUAUCCGGAUGCAAGGGUGCUGAUAUUGAAGAACGUUGAUUCGCGUGGCUGGCAUUUUGCGGUCAAGGCCGACAGCCCCAAAGGGAGACAUAUCAUAAAGAACGGACACGCUGCGUUGACAUUCUAUUGGCCUCAACUUGCUCGACAAAUCCGGUUGAAGGGAAAGGCUAUUGCACUGUCCGACGAAGAAAGCGCUCAUGACUACCAAGCCAGGCCUCUCGCAUCAAGGGUUAGCGCUGUCGCAUCGAAGCAAAGCGAAAUCCUCGUGGAUCGGGAGGAGCUCACUCGUCGUCAUGCAGAGACAGAGGCUCUGAUGUCGACAAACCCGUUCGUGGGUGUGGACAAAUGGCGUGUGUUUGCCGUUGCACCUCAGACAGCCGAGUUCUGGCAGGGUGAUUCUAGCCGCCUUCAUCAACGGCUUCAGUAUGUGUUGGAUGAGAACACCAAUAGUUGGAAGAAGCAUUUACUUUGGCCGUAG